UUGGAACAUAAAAUCAAGUAAAUCAAGUACAGUUUGGCGUCCACUAUUGCCAAAUCUACAAUGCAUGCAAGUGCCACUUAUCGAAAUACCUUCAGUACUAGAUUUGUACACGUUUGACGUAGUAUUAUCUAGAGGUGGUAAGCUUAGUAAAGGUUAUAAAAUUUUACCAGAAGACUGUACAAAUAGAAGUUGGGUGCGUGACGGAGAUAUGAAAACAAUUACACUUGUAGAUGAACACGUAAAGCAAUUAUACGAUACAACAUUUGCAUAUAUAGAAUAUCUGGGAUGUUCUACUCGGAAUAGUUGCAAAAAGGGUGAAUGUAAUUGGAAAGGCCGUAUCUCUGUUUUCCAAGACAAGCCACUUAACCUGUGCAAUAUUGAAUGUUAUAGCAAUUAUGAUUCUGAUAAUGUUCGAAAUAAACCACUUCGAAUAUUAAAUUUAAUAAGAAAAACAAUUACAAACAGAGUUGCAAAUGUAAUACCUUCAAUUUUAGCAACAG